GAGCAGAUCACUGCAAGCGCGAAACCAAAGGUCAAGGGUGCAUAUGUCUAGAGUUCUCACAUAUGUCUCCGAAGCAUAAAAUGUGGCGACUGCUUGGACGCAAGUUGUUCGGCAAAAAUCAAAACGUGUUGAAUUUAUUUCGAUUUAGUUCAACUCAACAAAAUCAAUUACUCAACAGUGUUGUAGUUGAUGACGAAUUUCUUAGUAUUCAAUGGAAAGACGGAAAUUUCGAUGAAUUUCCACAUAUUUAUCUUCGUGAAAAUUGCAGUAAAUACCAAAACCCAAUUACGAAAGGACGGAUAAUAUCUCCUUUGGAUUUAGAUAUGAAUGUUGUACCCAAACAUGUCUAUAUUGACUCCAAUGUGUUAAACGUGAUAUGGAACGAUGAUCACACCAGUUUAUUUACAACUGAAGAAUUGCAAUUAUUGAGGCACAAACCUCAGACUCAAGAAACUGAGAUAUUGGCAGACCAUGUAAAAUUGUGGGGAGAUCUAACGUCGUUUAAAAAUAAGACCAUGCCUGUUUUUGAUUAUCAACGGCUUAUGGAAAAUGAUUAUACUUUAUAUCAAUGGCUUGUAGAAUUAGCUUUCAAAACUGGUAUUGCAAAGAUAGAAAACAUUCCUGUUGAAAAACUACAACUACAGAAAUUAGGAAAUCGUGUUGGUUAUCUUGUGUCGACAAAUUAUGGUAUAAUCCAUGACGUGAAAACACACAGUCGAGAUAAUGCAACAGAUAUUGGUUAUACAUCUGCUGAGUUACAAUUACAUACAGACUACACUUUCACAUAUCACCAACCUAUGAUUGGCAUGUUCCAUUGUUUACAACAUUCUUCAAAAGGAGGCGCAAAUCGCUGGUCUGAUGGUUUUUAUGCUGCUUACCGACUUUUAAAGAAGAUCCCGAAUCAUUUUAUUUGCUUGCUGGAACGCCUGUAG